AUGCAGCUGUGCCAAGGCGCCUCCAGCAUGGCGGCGGCCGAGGGGCCCGGCUACCUCGUGUCCCCGCAGACGGAGAAGCACCGGCGAGCCCGCAACUGGACGGACGCCGAGAUGCGCGGCCUCAUGCUCGUCUGGGAGGAGUUCUUCGACGAGCUGAAGCAGACCAAGCGCAACGCCAAGGUGUACGAGAAGAUGGCCAGCAAGCUGUUGGAGAUGACGGGGGAGCGCCGGCUGGGCGAGGAGAUCAAGAUCAAGAUCACCAACAUGACCUUCCAGUACAGGAAAUUAAAAUGCAUGACAGAUAGCGAGUCCGUCCCGCCCGACUGGCCCUAUUACCUAGCCAUUGAUAGGAUUCUGGCCAAGGUCCCCGAGUCCUGUGAUGGCAAACUGCCGGACAGCCAGCAGCCGGGGCCCUCCACGUCCCAGACCGAGGCGUCCCUGUCGCCGUCUGCUAAGUCCGCCCCUCUGUACUUACCGUAUAACCAGUGCUCCUACGAAGGCCGCUUCCGGGACGAUCGCUCCGACACCUCCUCCAGCUUACUGUCCCUUAAGUUCAGGUCGGACGCGCGGCCGGUGAAGAAGCGCAAGGUGCAGAGCCACCACCUGCAAAGGAAGAAGCUGCGGCUGCUGGAGGCCAUGCUGGAGGAGCAGCGCAGGCUGGGCCGCGCCCUGGAAGACGCGUGCCAGGAGGUGCGCCGCGUGCUGGACCGCCAGAACCUGCUGCAGGUGCAGGGCCUGCAGCUGCAGGAGCGCAUGAUGAGCCUGCUGGAGAAGAUGGUCGCCAGGCCCCCCGUCUAGGCCCCCG